AUGGCAGAGCGUGACUCAAACGCAGGAAGGGCUGGAUUGAAGGAAGUCUCGGCGGUUGCCAACGUGACAGAUGAUGGAAACGAUGAAGAAUGGUCGACCGCAAACUCAGAAUCUGCUAGGACCAAUCCGGGCAGUGUCGAUGACGAGCAGUCUCAGGCCGACAAAUCUAGCGACCCAGGUGGCGAUGAGGCUGGUAUUCCUGUCAGCGACGCUCUAGCUGGAGAUGACCAUUUAUACCAAUCCUACCCUGCUACGAUGACCACGCCAGCGACCAUUGAAGACCUGGGAGAGGAGGAUUUGCAAACGUCUUUUGAAACGCAGACCGAGGUCGAUCCAACCCAAAACCAGACCAACCAGACCAACCAGACAGCCGAGUCCCAAGAAACACCAGAGUUAACUGACAACCGUGAAAAGACAGCCAAACGAAAGGCAUCAGGAAACAUAGACACCAGGGCAUGGAAGAAGGGUAAAGAUGAUGAGGAGAGCCCGUCAAAAGGGCCGCCUCAAGAUCGGUCCUGA